AUGAGCUUUCAGUCCACGUCUCUUCGCCAAGCGAAAAACGUGGCGAUUCCGGAUCACGUCCCAGUGGGUGCAGUCAUCGGCAAGGGUGGCAGCUACUGCAAAGCAAUGCGUGAAAAUCACGGUGUACGCUACUCGGUGGACGGGACUGACCGAAAGGUGACACUAAUAGGACCGGGGACUGGUGUGAAGAGCGCAGAAGAGGAACUAACGGACUUGUUUGCCUCCUUCGCGAUCAAUAAGCAGGAAGAGAAUCGAGUUUUUGAAGUUGUUGCGCCAAACGGACCAACCCGUUGGUGGUCAUUUCAACAAGACAUGGAGACUUCGAGUGACGAACAAGUCCAAGAGUAUCCGUAUCGCCUUAAGCAAUCUGGGCGAGCGAUUGAGACCUCCAAUGAGAAUACUAUUUCUUGGAUCAAGGAGUUCCGGGAAGACGACAUGGCUAACGUCAUGGACUACCUUUUGGAGAAGCCAUCCAAGUCACCGUUGAAGAUCAAGAUCGCGUUUGGAAAGUUGUGUUUUAAACUCAGCUCUAUUCGCUGCAAAAGCUCAACCAUCGCCUGGUCAGAGCUGCAGAAGCUCCGCAACUUUGAGGAGUUCAUGACACGCUGGUCCAAUUACUGCUCCAGAUCAUCGCCAUCAAUUACUGCUCUGAUGGACGAUCUUGAGUCGUGGAUGGAGAAGGGUGUGGAGCCUCGGAAGACGUUAUCAGUGCAUGUUGCUGGCUGUAAAGGAGGCUCCUAUGGCCUGAAGUACCAUCUCGUGGAUCGCCAAUGGGAACUACACAGUGCCUACACUAGACGCUAUGUGCGCGGCACAUACGAUGUGAUUCUGGACAACGACACUUCGUUCCGAGUGCGCGCUGUCAGCCACGAAGUGGCCACCAAGAGCGCUUCAGCUGAUAUUCAGCACCAUCUUGACAUCUCCACCCCGGACGGUGGCGACUUUCUCCGUACGAAGGUGGAGCUGAGUCGAAACGCUCCGGCUGGAAUGCAAAUCAAGUCUUUCGAAGCGAAGUCGAAAGUUCAUGUGGAUGCAAACGGUCUCCGCUUCUCGAUCUUCUAUUUGGACAAACACCAGGACGAGUUCCGUCUCGAGUGUCGUCUAGCGACAGUGGAAAAGGAGAAACUGAGCACCAAGGACAACGAGGCGCAAGUGCUGCUCAUGAAGGUGCUGGAAGUACUGGCGUAG